GUGGCGGAGCUCCGGGCGCUGGGAAACGCCAUGGCGGCGGCUGUGCCAUCCGGUCCCCGCUCGGCGGAGAGGUGAGGGGCCGCCUCUUCUCUGCGACUGGAAAGGCCAACAGCUGCCAGCCCGCCUCCCACGCGGACCGCGGCUUCGGCCAUGGCCGGGAUCAUUAAGAAGCAGAUCCUGAAGCACCUGUCCCGGUUCACUAAGAAUCUUUCCCCGGACAAAAUCAAUUUAAGUACCUUGAAAGGGGAGGGUCAACUGACCAACCUGGAAUUGGAUGAAGAAGUUCUACAGAAUGUGUUGGAACUGCCCACCUGGUUAGCCAUCACUCGAGUGUACUGCAAUAGGGCUUCCAUUCGGAUCCAGUGGACAAAAUUGAAGACACAUCCAAUUUGUUUGUGUUUGGAUAAGGUAGAGGUGGAAAUGAAGACAUGUGAGGAACCUCGGCCCCCUAAUGGACAGUCUCCUAUUGCACUUGCUUCAGGACAGAGUGAGUAUGGCUUUGCUGAGAAGGUGGUGGAAGGAAUGUUCAUCAUCGUCAAUUCUAUCACCAUCAAGAUUCACUCCAAAGCCUUCCACGCCUCUUUUGAAUUGUGGCAGCUCCAGGGCUAUAGUGUCAAUCCCAACUGGCAGCAGAGUGACCUUCGCCUAACCCGCAUCACUGAUCCCCGCCGAGGAGAGGUUUUAACAUUUAAGGAAAUAACUUGGCAAACUCUUCGGAUUGAAGCAGAUGCAACGGACAAUGGUGAUCAAGACCCAGUUACCACUCCACUGAGGCUUAUUACCAACCAAGGCAGGAUCCAAAUAGCCCUCAAGAGAAGAACCAAAGAUUGCAAUGUGGUAGCCUCCAAGCUGAUGUUCCUAUUGGAUGACCUGCUCUGGGUGCUAACUGACUCACAGCUCAAGGCUAUGAUGAAGUAUGCAGAGUCACUGAGUGAAGCUAUGGAGAAGUCAGCCCAGCAGAGAAAGAGCAUGGCUCCUGAACCUGUACAGAUCACUCCACCUGCUUCUAGUGCCCAGCAGUCCUGGGCCCAGGCAUUUGGUGGCAGCCAGGGCAGCAGCAGUAGCAGCAGCAGUAGCAGCAACAGCAGCAGCAGCCGUCUCAGCCAGUACUUCGAGAAAUUUGAUGUGAAAGAGUCUUCCUACCAUUUGCUCAUCUCCCGCCUGGACCUGCACAUCUGUGAUGAUAGCCAGUCCCGAGAGCCAGAUGUCUCUUCAAACAGACUCAUGGGUGGUGCCAUGCAGCUUACCUUCCGCAAGAUGGCAUUUGACUAUUACCCUUUCCACUGGGCAGGUGAUAGCUGCAAACAUUGGGUUCAAUACUGUGAGGCCAUGGAGACUCGAGAACAGUGGGCCCAGAAGCUGGUGAUGGAAUUUCAGAGUAAAAUGGAAAAGUGGCACGAGGAGACAGGUCUGAAACCGCCUUGGCACCUGGGUGUGGACUCUCCUUUCCGGAGGAAAGCAGAUUCUCUCUCCAGUCCUCGAAAGAACCCCCUUGAGAAAAAUCCCUCUCAGAGCCAAAAAGCUGCCUUUCGACCUCCAGCAUGGGACCGCUUACGUUCUAGUUGCAUGGUGAUUCGGGUAGAUGACUUGGACAUCCACCAGGUUUCUACAUCUGGACAGCCAAGUAAGAAGCCAUCUACUCUUCUUUCCUGUAGUCGAAAACUUCACAAUCUACCCACUCAGGUUUCUGCCAUUCAUAUUGAGUUCACAGAGUAUUACUUCCCAGAUAAUCAAGAGCUUCCAGUUCCCUGUCCCAAUCUCUAUAUUCAGUUAAAUAGCCUGACAUUUACUGUGGAUCCUGUAAGCUUACUCUGGGGAAACCUAUUCUGCCUGGAUUUAUACCGCAGUUUAGAGCAGUUCAAAGCUAUCUACAAACUUGAAAGCUCAAGUCAGAAAGAUGAACACUUGGAUAUUCGGUUGGAUGCCUUCUGGUUAAAGGUGAGCUUCCCACUGGAGAAGAGAGAGCAUGCUGGGUUGCAUCGGCCCCAGGCCCUUGUCUUCUCUGCAUCAGGCAUGACUGCUACCAAUACUCGUCAUGCCCCACACUGUAGCUGUUCAGACCUCCAAAGUCUCUUCCGGGGUUUUGCAGCUACUGAGUUCUUUCAUUCCAAUUAUGUUCACUUUCCCAAGGUUCCAGGUGGCUUUAGCCUUCUGCACAUGCUUUUUUUGCAUCAUGCCUUCCAGAUGGAUUCCCGUCUCCCUCAACCUAGUAACCUCCCUCCUCAGAGACCCACAGCUUCCCAGGAUCUAUGGUCCAUCCACUGCACCCAGAUCUCUUUAGAUUUUGAGGGAACAGAGAACUUCAAAGGGCGUACCUUGAAUUUUGUGGCCCCCUUCCCUUUGUCCAUUUGGGCCUGCCUACCCCUCCGAUGGCAGCAAGCCCAGGCACGGAAGCUCCUUUUGGCCACAGAAGGAAGGCUGAAACCAUCAGCCAGUUUUGGCAGUCCUGUCCAGUCAGAGGCCUUUGCCCCUGAUACCAUGUCCUGUCAGAGAUCGAAGACUGAACAUGAUUUAAAAAGCUUAUCAGGCCUUACUGAAGUCUUGGAAAUUCUGAAAGAAAGCAGCAACAAAGGUGUGGACAACAAAGGGCCUCUGACAGAGUUAGAGGAUGUUGCAGAUGUUCAUAUGCUUGUACACUCUCCUGCACAUGUCUGCAUGAGGCUUGACCACUACCAGUACUUGGCUCUGCUCCGCCUAAAGGAGGUGCUCCAGGAUCUUCAGCAGCAGCUGACUAAGGAUACAGAAGCCAUGACUGGGUCUGCCCUGCAGGAACAAACAGUUUGCAUUGGGGUCCUCUUUCCCAGUGCUGAGGUGGCUCUGCUCAUGCAUCCUGCCCCUGGGUCUGUUGUAACUGAUCCUGCAGGUUCAGAUACGACCAGCCUUAUAGAUUCAGAUUCUCCUUCAGAGGAUCGGGAGCUAAAAUCAGAUGCUUCCUCAGAACAGGGGCCAACAAGUCCUGAGAAGGUUCUGGAGGAUAGUGUUACUGAAAAUCUGGAGGCAUCCCAGCAAAGGCCACUGCCUCUCCAUAGCAAUAGAGAAUUGCAGGACUCAGAUUCUCAUGCACAGCAGCUGGCAGGAAAGGGCCACGAAGCAGUUGAUUCCUUACAGGCCAAGAGACUGAGCAAAGCCCAAGUCUCCAGCCCACCAGCAACCUUGAAUCCUGCAGGUGCCAGGGAUGCCCCUGUGAAUGGACAUGGUGAACUCAUCCCCUUGAAAAACAUUGAGGGGGAAUUGUCAAGUGCUAUUCACUUGACCAAAGAUGCCACCAAGGAGGCUCUACAUGCUACCAUGGACCUCACUAAGGAAGCUGUGUCCUUGACUAAGGAUGCCUUUAGUCUGAGCAAAGACCGAAUGACCUCCACCGUGCAUAAGAUGUUCUCCCUACCCCAAGUCAAGGAGCCCAUGACCAAGAUAGAUGAGGGGAUGGCAGCCCCAGUAAGUGGAGGUGCUGCCCGACUCCGUUUUUUCUCCAUGAAGAGGACAAUAUCUCAGCAGUCAUUUGAUGGUGUUUCACUGGAUAACAGUGGCCCUGAAGAUCGGAUGUCUGUGGACAGUGAUGGCAGUGAUAACUUUGUGAUGCUUUUGGAGUCUGAGUCUGGUCCAGAAUCUCUUCCAGCAGGAUCUCUUUCAAAUGUCUUAGAUAAUACUAGUGCUCAGAGAAGUCCUGUUAUUGGCAGUUAUGGCCAGGGGUCACCAGAGGCCAACAGUUCAGUCUCACCUAGUGGGGAAGACUUCAAUUUUCAUCCGGUUUCAGUUUUGGUGUUGAAAGUGAAUGAAGUCUCUUUUGGGAUAGAAGUCCGUGGUGAGGACCUCACUGUGGCCCUGCAGGCGGAAGAGCUGUCACUUCAGCAACUUGGUACCGUGGGACUCUGGCAGUUUCUGCAUGGACAGUGCCGAGGUAAAAAUUUUCAGGAAUCUUCAGCUUUGAAGACUGAUCACAUCAGGCCAAGUGUGGGCCUUCGUUUUGAAGUGGGGCCUGGUGCAGCUGUUCAUUCCCCUUUAGCCACACAGAAUGGCUUCCUGCAUUUCUUGCUUAGUGGCUGUGACCUUGAGCUAUUCACUUCGGUGCUCAAUGGCUUGGGGCCCUUCUUGGAGGAUGAGGAGAUUCCAGUUGUAGUCCCCAUGAAGAUUGAGCUCUUGAAUGCCAAGGUCACCCUAAAGGAUGACAUCCCCCCUAUCUAUCCAACAUCUCCUGGCCCUAUCCCCAUCACCCUGGCCAUGGAGCAUAUUGUGCUUAAACGAAAUGAUGAUGGUGUGUUCCACAUAGGCGCUGUUGCUCAGGACAGACCAUCAUCUGAACUUCCUAAAAUCGAGAAGAGGCCACCAACAAAAGAACAGGUGUUCCUGGUGUCUAUAGGGGAACCUUUUGGACAGCAGGUGAAAGAACUGCCUUCCCUACAAAAGGAACUUAUAGAAACUAAGCAAGCUUUGGCCAUUGCCAACCAGGACAAAGAAAGACUUCUUCAGGAGAUUAGAAAAUAUAACCCCCUCUUUGAGUUCUGAUUCCAGUAGUUCAUCGGUCUGUGCCAAAGAGAGGAAGAAUUCACCAGCAAUAGCACCGCCUAGGACAAGAAAGCACCGUCCAGUGUUGUACAAGUCUGCUGAGGAUGCCAAGGAACUGAGAAAGUGAUCAGCUCACCAUGGUGUCUUUUCUACCAGCUGUUCUAAAUGGUGUGGAAGAUAAGGCAAAGCAUGAUCAUGUCCUAGGGAUUGAGGGUAGCUUUGUAUGUGGCUCAAGCAUCAUGUUUUGCCUUUAUAAAGCUUUUUGGCCUUCUUAAUACUAGGUGGAAUCUUCUCAAUAUUGAAAGGCCAUUUCACCUCCUGGUUUCAUGGCAUACGUUUGUUUCUUCCAUAACCUGUGUGAACAAGGGAAGGUGUCCACCUUCUCAGUUAUCUAUGGAGCCACCAAAGAGUCUAUGCCCACACAGCUUGCACGUAGCAGACUUGAAAAUUCUUUGACCAAACAGGAAAUAGCCCUAAUGGCAGGAGCCAGGAGAGGCAUAAGAAUAAGGUAGAUCUAGACUCUGCCUUUCCUAAAAAGGGAGCCAAACUCCUGUCGUCUUUACUGACAUUAUGAUUAGAUUUUUUUUUUUCAGGCUAGGGAGUUGGGCGAUAGCGCAGUGGGUUAAGUGCAUGUGGUGCAAAGCGCAAGGACCAGUAUAAGGAUCCUGGUUCAAGCCUUGGCUCCCCACCUGCAGGAGUUGCUUCACAGGUGGUGAAGCAGGUCUGCAGAUGUCUAUCUUUCUCUCCUCCUGUCUUUCCCUCCUCUCUCCAUUUCUCUCUGUCCUAUCCAACAAUGACGACAUCAAUAACAACAACUAUAAAAAACAAGGGUAACAAAAGGGAAAAUAAAUUAAAAAAAAAAAAGGUUUUUUUCAGGGUUAACUUUCCUCUCUCUUACACUGGUAGAAAGUGAAGAGUAGGAGUGGCUCAGUUAUAUCAUCUUUGCCCUCAAUAGUACCAUUCAUUUUAAAUUGAAAUCAAGGGAAAAAAAAAUCCCUGAGCUAGAUUAAAGGCAUAAUGUAGUGGAGAUCAAUGAGAUUAGAUCCAAGCCCUCUGUUGCCCAACUAGAAUUCUUACAGGUUAAUUUCCUAUCUUCCCAGGACCAGGCACAUUUGCUUCUCCAUUACUCUACCAUUUUCCUAUCCACUUGGUGUUUGGGAGCUGGAAAUGUGUUUUAAAAUAAAUGCUAUUUCAAUCUGUUGCCUCUCACACACACACACCCCCCAUCGUGGUUUUUAAAAAUCAUGUAAUUUUGAUGUUAGCUUAAAAAAAAAAAUCCUUCAAUCUACCUUCUAAAAGAGCUAUAUCUUCCCUCUUUUCUACCUAUUUCUUCCCCAACACAUAUUGCUCUGUGAUCUACUUCAAAUUGUGUUGAUGGAACAGUCUCAUCUUGAAUUAGCAAGAUGAUAAAAUAAUGAUUUAAUUGUAUCACUAGAGUCUUAAUCACACAUGACUUUUUGAAGGUAAAAUGGCUUCCUUUAUAGGAAGUCAUGUCUGACCUGUAUAUUCUAGUUUUUUUGAGGAUAAUAUCAAACAGACAUUUAAGAGGAAAUAAGAUCUAAUUUGUCCUGACUUUUAAAGAACUUUUGUCAAAGUUCUUCACUAAAGCAGUUUUAAAAUCUCUAGUUACUAUGAGAUUAUGGAACUAUUUUGUUAUCCUUAGGGGAAAAAACUUAGAAGAGAUUUGGGAAUAAAAAUCUUUUUUACAAUGAA